AUGGUCGUGGAUGCCAAUGUGUCUAUCGGCGGGGUGUCAUUUACCCAGUUCGUCUUGAACAGCCUUCCUGGUCACGAAAAUGUGCAAGCAAAGACGGUCAUGUCAAAUGGUGGGCAAAAUAAGUCUUCCAGCGUGGUUUCGGAAGAUCUGUAUGCCCUUCCAGAAAAUGCUUUGCAGGUUCUGGAUCGAUAUUUCGAAUGUCGCAAUAUUCUCACACCGAUGUUCCAUGUGCCCAGCGCACGCCCAGCUUUCCAAGCAGCCAUAUGCUGUCCCCUACGAGAUAGACAUAAGCAUCGGCUGGAAUAUGUUCUAUUGAAUAUGGUUCUCGCUCUUUGCACGUCACACUGGCUGGUCGAUGUGGACGCCAAUCCCCGAACGGCACGGCAACAUUAUGAUACUGCGAUGGCGCUAUUGCAGCCUACAAUCCUACGAGAUUGGACAUUACAACAUGUCCAGGCCCUCCUUUUGGGCGCUCGCUAUCUUCAAGGCACCAGCUGCGGGGAUGAAUGCUGGAAUGUCUUGGGCCUCGCAAUUCGCAUUGCCUAUGGACUACGGCUGCACCAAGAGCCGCCUGAGACUGACGCGCCCCCACUACGGGAAACAAAACGAAGAGUUUGGUAUGCGGCCUAUACGCUCGACAUGCAUUGGAGCAUGGUGUAUCAACGUCCACCUGCAACCCGAUCUUCCGACUUCUCCAUCUCCAUGCUCGAGGAUCUGGAUGACGACUGCAUCCAAAGCGAUAGAAUUCUCUACCCGAGCCCUCGACGGCCAUCCUCCAUGUCGUUUUUUAUCGAGGUCGUCAAGCUCUACCAAAUUGUCGAGAAAGUCCUCGCACGACUAUCUGAGAGCCAGGGUGGCAAUCGAGAGACCGCAGAACUAGCAAUGGGAUUCGACGAAGAAUGGCAAAGAUGGUACCGGGAGCGACCCGCAAACUUGAUGCUUGAUGAAACAGCUGCAAAAGAACCACCCUGGAUCUUAGCCUUGCGCGGAAACAUGGUUCGAAUCUUGAUUCAUCGGCAAUCACUGAAAAUCAAGGCUGAGAAUUCGACAACAUGCAACGACUCUGUAGUCACUCAUAUUCUUCAAUUCAGCCAGAAGAUCUGUGUCAAAGCGGCCAUGGAGUCAAUUGAUAUUGUGGCACUGAGACAUGCACAAACCAAGAGAACAUCGGGGUUGGACUUUUUCAAUAUUUAUUAUCUAUUCAAUGCUGUGAUUGUUCUAGUAUCUCAUAUCGUGGAUCCUCAAAAUGCCCACGAUCGCACAGCACUGGACAAAGUGGAUGAAGCCCUCCAUAUGAUCAAUGCCAUGUCGAGUAACCACUCGUUUGCACAAUGGGCCUAUUCAUUUCUCCAACAGCUGCUUGGGUAUUUGCACCAGAGUACGGGGGCCCAGCAGCCGCAACCAAUGACUAUACCUCAAAGCAGUAUUCCCCUGCGCCAAAGCACAGGCUCAAUGGCAUCGCAGACAGCUGUUAACAGAGGCUCCGAGGAACUCCAAGACCUGCACGCCUUAUUUGGCCUGGCACAAGAUCUCACGGUGGAUCUGGAAACCCAGUUUGGAAUCCUUGAUCCGGGAAUUUCCGAAUCCUUUUGGGCGUUCGAUGACGAGACUUCAUUCAGUAGCGUUGCGGGGAGGAGUUGA